CCGUUGGGGGCGGGGCCUGGCCGCGGCUCCGAGUGCGCAGGGCUCCGCGCGCGGCGUAGGGAGGCGGGUUCCUGGCGCGGCCGCGCGCGCGGGUCGGGGUCGCGGCGGCGCCAUGGUGCUGUGUCCGGUGAUCGGGAAGCUGCUGCACAAACAUGUGGUGUUGGCCAGCGCCUCCCCGCGCCGCCAGGAGAUCCUCAGCAACGCGGGCCUCAGGUUCGAGGUGGUCCCUUCCAGGUUCAAAGAGAAGCUGUGUAAGGCCUCAUUCCCCACCCCCUCCGCAUACGCCGUGGAAACAGCCAAGCAGAAGGCCCUGGAGGUGGCCAGGAGGAUGCACCAGAAAGACCUACGGGCCCCCGACGUUGUUAUCGGAGCAGACACCAUCGUGACAAUCGGGGGGCUGAUCCUGGAGAAGCCGGUGGACAAACAGGACGCCUACCGCAUGCUCUCAAGGCUGAACGGGAAAGAGCACAGCGUCUUCACGGGCGUGGUCAUCGUCCACUGCAGCGACAGAGACGGCCGGCUGCACACCGAGGUCCUGGACUUCUACGAGGAGACCACAGUGAAGUUCUCGGAGCUGUCGGAGGAGCUGCUGUGGGAAUACAUCGACAGCGGGGAGCCCAUGGACAAGGCGGGGGGCUACGGCAUCCAGGCCCUGGGCGGCAUGCUGGUGGAGCACGUCCGCGGGGACUUCCUCAACGUGGUGGGCUUCCCGCUGAACCACUUCUGCAAGAAGCUGGCGCAGCUGUACUGCCCGCCCUGCCCCGGGGACGCGUGGGGGGCCGAGCGCGACUCCAUCCCCGCCGUUGACACCUUCGAAGACCUGAGUGACGUGGAGGGCGGCGGGGGCUCGGACCCAGCUUGGGGCGACCGGGGCAGCUACGACGAUUCGGUCCACGAGGGCCAGGCUGGGGACGCGCUCACCGCCCGCUCCUGAGUCCGUGGCAGGGAAGCGUACCCGGUGAGUCACGCCACACAUCUGACUGUAGUCCUUGCUCACGGACAGGCGCUGUUCACGGCAUGCAAGCUCAACGUGUUUGACGUGUUGAGAGACCAGGGGCCCCUGAAGGCCGUGGAUAUCGCCCGCAAGAUCAACGCCUCCGUGCGCGGGACCGGGCGGCUGCUGGAAGCCUGCGCGGCCCUGGGCUUACUGCACAAGACGGAUGCAGGUUACAGCAACACGGAGGCGGCAGACCUGCACCUGGUCUCCGACGGCGCACACUCUCUCCACGGCCUCGCCGUGUACAAUGACAGUCACGUCUGGGACCUCUUCACUCACUUGGACCUGGCCGCCCGGGACGGAGCGGAGCAGGCCCGCGGGGCUGCGGGGAUGAAGGCGGAUCGCCUGUUUCAGAGCGCGGAGACGACACUGCUGUUCAUGAGGGCCAUGCACGGCCUCAGCAAGCUGACCGCACGUGACGUGGCCACGGCCUUCGACCUGUCCCGAUUCACCUCCGCCUGCGACCUGGGAGGCUGCACGGGCGCCCUGGCCCACGAGCUUGCCCGGGAGUACCCGCGUCUGCAGGUGACCGUGUUCGACCUCCCGGACAUCAUUGAGCACGCCAGGGCCUUUCAGCCCGACGGACAGCGGACGGAGCACAUCCGCUUCGUGCCAGGCGACUUUUUCACAGACGCCCUCCCGAGAGCACAGCUGUACGUCCUUUCCAGAGUCCUGCACGACUGGCCGGACGACAGGGUCCACCACCUACUGACCCGGAUCUCCAGCUGCUGCGAACCAGUCGGCUGCGUCCUGGUGGCCUUGGGGUGA